CCCGGUAGGGUUUAUCACCCAGGCUGUCGGCGACGCGGGUGCUGAGUUCCCUGGUCGGUGCUGGGAACGUCUGUGGGUGCGGGCGCCUUCACCAUGGCUCGGGGCUGGACUAGGCUACGGUCUCUCCGGAUACCUGCGUCCUUGGAACCUCUCUAGUGCCGGAGUUCGGGCCGCAGGCGGGAGAGCAGACUCUCUGCAUGGAUCCCUGGGAAGUCCCCUGCACAAGGCUGGACCAUGCUCCUCGUUAACAUCUGUCUGUCCCAGUAGUUGUCGCCUCGUCAUUUCACUGUGGGGCAGGGCCUUUUGGAACCCUAGAAAGAGGAAGCAUCUGGACCUGUCUUUACGAUGGCUUCACAACACCCAGGCAUGCCUGCCCUAGAGUCCAGCGGGCCUCUAGGCAAGAUGUCCCUGCCCAUCGGGAUGUACCGCCGGGCAUUCAGCUAUGACGAUGCCCUUGAGGACCCCUCGCCCAUGACUCCUCCUCCAUCGGACAUGGGCAGCAUCCCCUGGAAGCCCGUCAUUCCAGAGCGCAAGUAUCAGCACCUCGCCAAGGUGGAGGAAGGAGAGGCCCGUGCGUCAACCCCUGCCGUGGCUCUGUCGGCGUCCGUGGAGAGCGUGGACAAGGUGCCGGUGGUGAAGGCCAAGGCCACCCACGUCAUCCUGAGUUCACUGAUCACGAAGCAGACCCAGGAAAGCAUUGAGCGCUUCGAGCAGCAGGCAGGGCUGCGGGAUGCCGGCUACACGCCGCACAAAGGCCUCACCACCGAGGAAAACAAGCACCUGCGGGUGGCAGAAGCGCUCCAGAAGCUGAAGCUGCAGAGCGGAGAGACCACCAAGGCAGAGAGGCAGCCUGCGUCAGUCCCGUCCAGCCCGAGCAACAGCCCCCUCUCAUCCCCCAAGCAGGGGCCCAGAGGCUGGUUCACUUCCGGCUCCUCCACAGCCUUACCUGGCCCAAAUCUUAGCACCAUGGAUCCUGGCGCUGGGGACAAGGACAGGAGCUCAGCCGAGAAAUGGAGCCUCUUCGGGCCGAGACCCCUCCAGAAGUCUGAUUCCGGAGGUUUUGCCAUCCAGGCCUACAGAGGAGCCCAGAAGCCCUCGCCCAUGGAAGUGAUGCGUGCUCAGGCCACCCGGAUGACUGAAGACCCCGCGACCUUCAAGCCGCCCACGAUGGACAUCCCAGGGACGGAGGGGAAGAAGGCGCCACCUCCGCCGCGGACACAUCACCUCAAACCCCGGGACCUGAACGUGCUUACCCCCACGGGCUUCUAGAGCUUCCGGAGCGGUGCCUCCUGCACCCUAACCCCCUGACCUCAGCUGACAUAGGAAAGGCAGAUUCCACACAUUCCCCCCACUUAGAGCUGGAGACAGCCGGCUCUGGAGCAACGCCAGCAAAGCCCAUUCUUGCCAGCUGGAAGAGGCUGUUUUGUCCUGCUGUGAGGUUACGUGGUCUCGACAGCCACACGUGGAGCACCCCCUCCAACCCCCGACCUGGAUUUGUGUCACUGACCCCAGGCCUGAGCCUGCCCAUCGCACCCAGGGUAACCAUGUUUGUGCUGUUCCAGCUGCCAGGCUUGGCUCAGCCUGA